AUGAAUAAUGAGAAUAAUAUAGUUGUAAAAAAAGAAAUAGGACUAACAGACGAGAAUAUCAAUGUAAGCUAUGAAGACUAUGAAGAUGAUGCAGGUGAUUUGGACAUGUCAAAGAUAAGAAGCAAAGUAUGGCUUGUAAAAGUUCCAAAAUUCCUUUUAGAUAGGUGGGAAUUAGUCAAAGAUGAUGGUGUAGACCUUGGGAUUAUUCGUAUUCAAAACGGCAAAUCAGAUAAUAUUAAGCUUAUAAUACCUGAUGUUGAGAGUAAUAAAGACCUUCCUUUAGAAUAUAAUGUAUUUGUAAUGAAUCGACAUACGCGCAAUGCCUAUGUUUUUGCAGAAAGAGAGGAAAAGUCUAUGCAAAAUUUCUCUGAUGCAACAUUAUUUCGAGAAACGUGUCGUAAAGGAGGAUCUAGCCCAUGCAAGCCUUCACAAAAGCAUAUUGCACUUGUUGGAACAAUUGCUCAUGAAUGCAAUAUUUCUCCUAUUAUUAAUGAACAAUAUCGAAAGGUCAUGCAGGCACGAUCUAAGGCAGCCUCUCAGCCUAAGCGGAAAAUACAAAUGCUUAGUAACCAUAGUUCUCUUACAAGGAAUUUUAUGACUUUAGGAAUGCCUGAAACAAAUGCUGGACGUUUCAGUUCCUUUAUUAAAAAUACUAGAAAAAGUGCCUCUGAUCAAAAGGCUUCUCGAUUGCCACGUAAUGAACUCCUUGAUAUAUUGUUCAAAUGCUUUGAUGACUAUGACUAUUAUUCUAUGAAAACCUUAAAAGAGAUUACAAAACAGCCAGAGACAUAUCUUAAAGAAGUUUUGGAAUCAAUAGCAGUAUUACUUAAAAAAGGACCAUAUAUUAUGAAGUGGACACUUAAAACUGAAUAUAAAAAUAGAAAUAAUUUAUCUGCUAACGAAAGAAAACAAUUGAACGCCAGUACAUCGGCAGCUGCAUUACAUAAUGCUUAUCCAAAUCAUGAGGGUUUUAAAAUUAAUAAAGGGGAAAUGGGUAACGAUGAUAAAAUGAUUGACAGUACUUUUUGA